CGCGAUCUUCCCCCACGUGGACAACCCCGAAAAUAUAAUAGCACCAUCAGCGCGAUCGCCGCGCUUUUCCAACCCACCGCCCUUCCUUCCCCAACUUCUCCGUACUCCCCACCCCCUUCGUCCACGAUGUCCACCAGCGUUGCGCGCCAGCCGCUGCCCGCCGGUCACUUCCUCUUCACCUCCGAGUCUGUCGGCGAGGGUCACCCCGAUAAGAUUUGCGACCAGGUCUCCGAUGCUAUCCUCGACGCCUGCUUGCGCGAGGACCCGUACUCCAAGGUCGCUUGCGAGACCGCGUCCAAGACGGGCAUGAUCAUGGUUUUCGGCGAGAUCACCACCAAGGCGAACCUCGACUACCAAAAGGUCAUCCGUGAGACCAUCAAGAAGAUUGGCUACGACGACUCGUCGAAGGGCUUCGACUACAAGACGUGCAACAUCCUCGUCGCCAUCGAGCAGCAGUCCCCGGAUAUUGCCCAGGGCUUGGACCACGGCUCGCUCGAGUCCAUCGGUGCCGGUGACCAGGGUAUCAUGUUCGGCUACGCUACGGACGAGACGGAGGAGAAGAUGCCGUUGACGAUCACGCUUGCGCACAAGCUGAACUUGGCGAUGUCGCUUGCGCGUCGCAACGGUGUGCUCCCGUGGCUGCGUCCCGACACCAAGACGCAGGUUACGGUCGAGUACAAGAAGGAGGGCGGCGCGACGAUCCCCCUGCGUGUGGACACCGUUGUCAUUUCCGCGCAGCACGCCGAGGAGAUCUCGACGGAGGACCUUCGCAAGGAGAUCUUGGAGAAGAUCAUUAAGCAGGUCGUUCCUGCUAACCUCCUCGACGACAAGACCAUCUACCACAUCCAGCCCUCUGGCCGCUUCGUUAUCGGUGGCCCCCAGGGUGAUGCCGGUUUGACUGGUCGCAAGAUCAUCGUCGACACCUACGGUGGCUGGGGUGCGCACGGUGGUGGUGCCUUCUCGGGCAAGGACUUCUCCAAGGUCGACCGCUCGGCCGCGUACACUGCGCGAUGGACUGCGAAGUCCCUCGUUUCCGCCGGUCUCGCUCGCCGCGCCUUGGUGCAGCUCUCCUACGCCAUUGGUGUCGCUGAGCCGCUGUCCAUCUUCGUGGACACCUACGGCACGGGCAAGAAGACCGACGAGGAGCUCGUCGAGAUUAUCCGCAAGAACUUCGAUCUGCGUCCUGGUGUCAUCGUUCAACAGCUUGACCUCCAGAAGCCCCAAUACCUCAAGACCGCCACGUACGGUCACUUCGGCAACCCCGAGUACAGCUGGGAGAAGCCCAAGACUCUGUCCUUCUAGAUGGGUUCUCAACACCCACGCGCCUACGCGCGCCUCCACGCACUGACCACGACUGAAUUUGGGCUCAACUAAUUGUAUCGGUAUCAUCGCAUUGGGACGCUCAUCCGUCCCUAUUUAUUACACCGCAUCCUUGUCGCUGUAUAGAUCAUGUCCCUUGCUAUCGUCCUCGCAUCCUCGUUACCCCCUCACCUAUCUACCUACCUACCUCUACGCUGGCCACUCCCUUCCAGCAUCCUACCCCCUACGACACCCACUAGAUCCUGCAGACUGGCCUAUGCUUGUCUGGGGUCGCUCUUGACUACGGAAUAUAUCCGCGUUCAACC